AGUAGCAGUAGAGGAGGCGACCAGCCGUGUCUGGAGCGGCUGUGUCUGCCAGGGCUCAGUAUUCUCCGCCCCCUCCGCCGCCUUUCCAACCCCCCUUCUGUCUGCCGUCUCCUCAUCCGCCCCCCGGUCUGCUCGUCACGUCCGGUAGCCGGAGGAGGAGGAGGCCGAGAGCACCAGCACCCCGGGGGAGCCGUCAGACACAAAGAGGCCGCUGUGUGACCGAGGCCUGGGGCCAGGUGAGGGGAGAAGAGCCCGGGUGGCCGAGUGACAGCUCCCCCCUCCUCUGUGUGUUUUCAUCACACCUAUGUACAUGACAAUGGAUUUUCCUGGACACUUUGAGCAGACCUUUCAACAGUUAAAUUACCAGCGCAUCCAAGGCCAGCUCUGUGACUGUGUCAUAGUGGUGGGCAGCCGGCAUUUUAAAGCUCACCGCUCUGUACUAGCAGCAUGCAGUACUCAUUUCCGAGCUCUGUUUACUGUAGCAGAGAGUGACCAGAGCAUGAACAUGAUCCAGCUGGACAGUGAAGUGGUAACAUCUGAAGCUUUUGCUGCUCUUAUUGACAUGAUGUAUACAUCCACCCUUAUGCUUGGAGAAAGCAAUGUGAUGGAUGUGCUACUGGCAGCAUCUCACCUCCAUUUGAAUUCUGUUGUGAAAGCAUGUAAGCACUAUCUGACUACAAGGACAUUGCCUGUGUCUUCCCCCAAUGACAGAACUCAGGAGCAGAGCGCACGGAUGCAAAGGUCUUUCAUGCUUCAGCAGCUCGGAUUAAGCAUUGUGAGUUCGGCUUUGAAUUCAAAUCAGAGCAAUGAAGAACAGUCCCAGCAACAGCAGACUUCAAUGAGUUCCUCUGUACGAAAUAGCAUGGUGGAGCAAAGGGCCACAUUUCCUAUAAGACGGCUGCACAAAAGAAAACAGUCUUCUGAAGAAAGGGCUAGGCAGCGUAUGAGGGCCUCAAUUGAUGAGUGUCUUAUUACCGAUGUUACCAAUGAAAGUGUACAGUCCAUGGGUAAUUCUCGUGAAGAAUAUUUCUCCCCUGAUUCACUUAAAAUUACGGAUGCUAUGAAAUCUGACUCUGCUCAAGACAACCAUGAAGAUAGCACACUCAUGUUUGAUCAGUCAUAUGGCAAUCAAGAAGACACACAACUGCCAAGCCAGUCUGACAACAGUGGAGAAAACAUUAUAUCAAUGGCAACUCAAACAACUCAAGUUGAAACAAGUUACAAUCAGGAGUCUGGUUGUGAGAAAACAGUUUAUCCCUCAGAGACUCAUGAUCUUACAGUGGAUGAAAAAGAUCACAUGAGAGUCAUUGUAAAAUCUGAGCCUAUGAGCUCACCUGAACCACAGGAUGAGGUGAGUGAUGUCACAUCACAAGCAGAAGGAAGUGAGCCGGUUGAGGUAGAAGGUACUGUAAGUGCAGAAAAAAUUGAACUGAGCCCAGAAAGCAGUGAUCGGAGUUUCUCUGACCCCCAGUCUAGCACAGACAGGGUUGGAGAUAUUCACAUUUUAGAUGUCAAUCCCAACUUAGAGCACAAAUCCUCUUUUAGCAUUUCAAAUUUUUUAAACAAGAACAGAAAUGGCAACCUCAGCUUAAGUCAUAAUAGUGAUGAUAACAUUCCAAAUACAACCAGUGACUGUAGAAUGGAUGGAGAGGUGUCCUACCUCAUUAGUCCAGAUGUAGGACCAGGUGGUCACUCCUCUAAUGUUAUGAUGGAUAAUCCUUUCGGUGAUGGCCCAGAUUCCCAUUUUGCUCGUCCCAUGCAGGACGUUAUGAGUAUGCCUUGUGUUCAGUCCUCUAAUUACCGUGGAAAUGACCCAUUUGGAAUGGACUACCCAAGAUCUGGAUUAGGGCUACAUUCUAUGUCUAGAUCUAUCAUGGGAAGUGCAAGGGGUCGGGCCUUUAACUUUCCGAAUUAUCGGCGCAUUGCCCCCAAAAUGCCAAUUGUUACGUCAGUACGGAGCACUCAGCUACAGGAUAACGCUUCCAGUUCCCAAAUGAUGAUGAAUGGAGGAAACUCCUCUUAUGACAAUGGAAAUACUUCCCAACAAGGUCCACCACAGUUGACAAGGGCUUCGGCAGAUGUCCUUUCCAAGUGCAAGAAAGCUCUCUCUGAGCAUAAUGUGCUGGUGGUAGAAGGUGCACGUAAAUAUGCUUGUAAAAUAUGCUGUAAGACCUUCUUGACUUUGACAGACUGUAAAAAGCACAUCCGGGUCCAUACAGGUGAAAAACCUUAUGCGUGCCUGAAAUGUGGAAAGCGGUUUAGCCAAUCCAGUCACUUAUAUAAGCAUUCCAAAACUACUUGCCUUAGAUGGCAAAACAGCAAUCUUCCCACAACGUUGCUUUAACUUUAUCGCCUCCUCCAACAAGACCAGUUACCACCAUGUGUGACGUAGCAACAUUUCCCUGUACUUAACCAAGUAGGAUGACCCAGAGUAUUGUGAGUGAACAGGCAAAUGACUUUUGAAGGAAAAGAAGAAAAAAAAAUAUGGUCUUGGCGAGGGAACAUAUCUUCAUCAAAAUAUUUAACCUCUCUCUGUUUUGAGGUGCAAGUACUUCAUUUGUUUAUGUAUGUUUAUGUAAAAUGAAAUCAUUACUAACAUCCAAGGUUUUAACCAGACAUUUCUGUACAAUUGUGUAAACAUUAAUGCAACAAAAUGCAUUUUUAUCCAUUUUUGGUAAGUAUUGUUCCCUUCCUUUGAGUAAAUUAUUGAAAACUGUACAAGCUUUUCAAUUAAAAAAAUUAAAUUUUGCCAA